UUCAACUUGGGUGAUAAAAUUGUGUAUAUAUUAUAUGAUAAGUUCACACGACUUUCUCAGCCUUCAAGCCUUUUGAGUACAACAGUCGAUUCGAAUUAACAAACUUUCAGAAUCACUAAAUUUCUCGUACAAAUUGCCGUUGAACGAGACUUUGCAGCUUAGAGAAGUUAACGGGAGUAAUGCAUUUUCGUUUCUUCAAGAAAAUGAUUCCAUAGAACCAUUGACUGUAAUGUAGCAUGGCUCACUAGGUUUUGAUCCUGCAAACAACUAAAAAAUACGAACUGUUGCACUUGAAAGCAGUGGUUGACCGGUAUCUGGAAAACACGAAAUUACAAAUUACGUUCAUAUGAACUUUCAACAUUCAGGCUCAUCAGAUAUUGGGAAUAGCAUUAAAAAACAUGAGAGUAUACCUUACAAGUGAGUGAGUACUUUUCUGUACUGUUCAUUUUAUUUUACUUCUUCGUUAUGCCAAUUUUCUUCGAAAUCGAUAUUUGCGAUUGUGGCUGACAAAUACUUUGCUUCCUGAUUCAUACAAAAAAAACAAGAAAAAUAGAUAUACUAUAAACGUUUUUAUUUCGCCAACAGAACACUUGAAAAGUUACAUUCAUCGUAAGAUGGUGGUAACUGUAACAAGAUUUCAGUCACUUUGGUCAGUUCUCGGCGUUUUCAGAUUUUGUAACUAUAAAGAGUGAGAGAGAUUCGUAGUCACAGCUACGUUGUCGAUGAUACGUUGUUUCAUAGCUAGAUGAAAGGAUUAGCUACCUCAAAAUGAGCUAGUGCAGGUAAACUGCAUCUGUGUUCAGUCUUCGUCGUGGACUGAAUUUAAAAUUGGUAAUACCAUGUCAUAUGAGGAGAUAAUUGUCGUCUUUCCUUGCCUCGGGGGAUAGUGCUAGAUCUAGAAUGAUGAUCUAAACUGCAAAAGGAAGUAGAAACCACAGUUUCUUGCCCAGUGAUGAUUCGAAAGCAACGAGCACUGCAUUCCUACACAUAAUCAUGAAAUGCAAUUCCGAUCUUUAUAUACUUACGUCGUGUUCUCCAGAAACUUUUGAAACAAUUUGUGUGUGAAAAUGCCCACAAACCAGACUGACUGUCAUCCAGCACGUAUGUUUUGCGUCGAAGACUUCAUUAAGGAAGAAAAUACAUUCCUGUGGACCUACACUGUCUCUCUGGACCCCUUAUAAGAGUACCUGCUGUGUCUCGCCGUCGGCCUCCAUCUGACAUUCGUCGAAUCCUACAACAAUAGAGAGAGGUACGUAAGUGGAACGUAUUGACUGCUACGCUAGUUCUGACUGCAAUCGAGGAUUUGCCAUGUGCGGUAAGAAGCAGAUGUCCAUGCGUUGUGCAAAUGAGACAGUAACUUCACUUUGUGAUGACUUCUCCAUUAUUCUCUAAAGGAGUUCGCCACCCUUACUAAAGAGCUGAACCAAGCUAGAGAGCAUCUCUUGGAACGCGAUGAAGAAAUAGCUGAGCUAAAAGCCGAGCGCAACAACACGCGGCUGCUGCUGGAGCACCUGGAGUGCCUGGUGUCGCGGCACGAGCGCUCGCUGAGGAUGACGGUGGUGAAGCGCCAGGCGGCGGCGCAGUCCGGCGUCUCCAGCGAGGUCGAGGUGCUCAAGGCGCUCAAGAGCCUCUUCGAGCACCACAAAGCGCUCGACGAGAAGGUUAGAGAACGACUGCGGGUUGCUCUGGAGAGGGUGGCAGCCCUUGAAGAGGAGCUUUCAACUACCAAAGAAGAAUUACAGCAGUACAAAUUAGGUCGUGUUCCAGCUGAUGAGAGUAGUAGACCAAAGGAAAAUGGUCAACAGGAUGAAGAACAUAAGGGUGAUCAAGCAACAGCCCAUGCUGCCCUUACUAAGCGUCUCUCUAAUGGUGCCAUCGAACCUGAUUCUGAUGUGGCACGUGUUCUUGAGCUGCAGAAUACAGUAGAUAAACAGAGUGCAGAAUUAAGUUCAUGGCAAAGACGGGUGUCAGAACUGUCGGGUCGCAUUUCAGAACUUGAGGAAACACUGGCAAAAACACAGAAGGAACUUAUGAAAGCACAGGAAGCAAAUUCAAAACUGCAGCGUGAUCUUCGAGAAAAUGUUGCUCAGAAGGAAGAUCAGGAAGAAAGAAUAGCAACUCUUGAAAAACGGUACUUGAAUGCACAGAGAGAAUCAACUUCCUUGCAUGAUCUAAAUGAGAAACUUGAACAAGAGUUACAGCACAAGGAAGCACAACUAAAGUUGCAAGAGGAGAAGAUAAAUGCCAUCCAGGAGAAACUGGAGCUCUCUGAACAGAAACUUGCACAAUUUGCAAAGCUACCAGAGAUGGAGGAAGAACUGAAACAAAGAAUGGAGGCGCUGACCCAGGUGAGGGUGCAGGCUCAAGAGAGGCACGGGUCAGCGGAGGACAGAAUUCAGCGCUUAGAGGCCCAAUUAGAGGAGAAAAAUGCUGAGCUGUUGCGGUUGAACCAAAGGCUUAAAAUGAACGAAGAACACAAUACAAGGCUAUCAUCAACUGUGGACAAAUUGUUAUCAGAAUCAAAUGAAAGGCUUCAAGUACACCUGAAGGAAAGGAUGCAUGCUCUAGAAGAGAAAAAUGCUCUCACUCAGGAACUGGAAAAAACCCGAAAAGUUGCAGAGGACCUCCAGGGAGAAAAGGGUGACAUUGUCAAAGAACUGAGCAAAGCACGACUAGAAAUAGACAAUGUGAAGAGGCAGAUGCUUCAGCAAGAGAUAGCAUUUAACAUUCAACAAACAGAUGCUUUAACAAGGUUAGAUAAGUUGCAAAAGGAUCUGGAAAGCAGAAGGAGCCUAUCUCCAAGUGGUGCAGAUCCAAACUUUGUUCGUACACCAAGUCACUCGAGUUUCGAUCCACAUGCUGUGGCCCGAAGAACACCCAAGCCACGUGUAACAACUGCAUUAGAAGAGGACCCCACCAAGGUAUCAAUGGGCAUCUGUCAAGACUGGGAAAAACUGCAGCAGGCACAUGUCUUGGCAAAUGUUCAGCAGGCAUUUGAUGCCUCGAGUGAUGCAGAAGGUGAAGACAAUGAGAGCAUCUUCAGUGCUGCAGAAAUACUUUCUCCAUCAGGACAUACUGAUGCUCAGACUCUGGCAAUGAUGUUACAAGAGCAGUUGGAUGCUAUCAACAAUGAAAUAAGACUUAUACAAGAAGAGAAACAAAGCACAGAGGCACGUGCCGAAGAACUUGAGUCACGUGUUGGGAGCUUGGAGCACAUGAACCUCUUGGCUCGGGGCCGUAGUUUUGAGCGCACAUCACCACCACUUAGUGGUCGAUCCACGCCAAAGUCUCAUCACUCACCCCAGAGAGAUUAUCUCCACAAAUAUCAUACAGCCCCUGCCUCUAUGUCUCCGGCCCACCUGCAUCAGUAUGCCUCCACCCUCAGCCCGGGCCAACUUUCUGAGUCACUGCCUGCUAGUCAGUUGCAGCUGGCUGGAGAACUGUCACAGGAUGAUGCUGGCAGCACUACUGGCGUUCCUGUCCCUGGAUCAGCAGAAAGUGGUGCAGCAAGCCCUCUGACAGCUCGCUCUUUGCGCCUUGAACGUGUUGCUCAGGCUCUAGCACAGAGCCAGGAGGAACUUCGCAGGCGUACUGGCUCUGGAGUAGCAAUGCCAUCUCCUGGACUUGCUCUAAGGCCGGGGGGCUACUCCACACCUCCCUCCCCUCUGUCUUCUCGUCACAGCAGUCAAGACUCGCUGCACAAGAAUGCUACCAGUACUACACCUGUCAGUGCGUCAGCUGCAGCUGCUGCUGCUGCCCAGAAGAAGAAAGGCAUCAAAUCUUCCCUCGGUAGAUUUUUCAGCAAGAAAGAGAAGGGUAAAGCAAAGGAACCAUCAAUGCUUGGUGUGGGCAUUCCGGUGGCCGAAGCAGCAGCUAUGUCAGCAGCUUAUGGUGAUGCUGACAUUUCAGGAGGUGAUACCCUAAGCCUCAGUGGUGGGCUUGGACAGAAGGGUGAUUUUGAUCGACGGAAAAAGAAAAAGCAUGAGCUCCUGGCUGAAGCGAUGAAGGCAGGAACUCCAUUUGCGUUGUGGAAUGGUCCGACAAUUGUUGCAUGGUUGGAGCUAUGGGUGGGAAUGCCUGCGUGGUACGUUGCUGCAUGCCGUGCCAAUGUAAAGUCAGGAGCUAUAAUGAGUGCACUCAGUGAUACUGAAAUCCAAAGGGAGAUUGGAAUAAGCAACCCGCUUCACAGGCUGAAACUCCGACUGGCCAUUCAGGAGAUGGUUUCUCUGACAAGUCCAUCAGCACCAAAGACAUCACGUACCACAUUAGCAUUUGGAGAUAUGAAUCAUGAAUGGGUGGGAAAUGCAUGGUUACCUUCCCUGGGCCUGCCACAAUAUCGCACAACCUUCAUGGAAUGUCUAGUGGAUGCUCGUAUGCUCGAUCAUCUUAAUAAAAAAGACUUACGUGGACAGUUGAAGAUGGUGGACAGUUUCCACAGGACUAGUCUACAGUAUGGAAUAUCAUGCUUAAAGAGACUGAACUAUGAUCGUAAGCAACUGGAAGAGCGGCGUAAAUCAUCUGAAAAUGAACUGACUGAUGUAUUGGUUUGGUCAAACGAAAGAGUCAUCCGCUGGGUCACUUCUAUUGGAUUAAAGGAAUAUGCAAACAACCUGCUGGAAUCUGGAGUUCAUGGAGCACUAAUUGCACUUGAUGAAAGCUUUGAUUCUAAUGGUAUGGCACUUGCCCUGCAAAUACCAACUCAAAAUACCCAGGCACGGCAGAUGCUCGAGAUGGAGUUCAACAACUUAUUGUCGGUAGCAACAGAACGCCGAAUUGAAUCUGAGUUACCCAAAUCUUGAUAUUACACCACAAGACACCCACACACAUAGAUUGCUGUGGACAUUGCUUGACUGUGUGUGGCUGUGUUAUUUGCCAGAUUGUUAAGAAAUGUACUGAGUGACUUGCUUGCAUCGUGUCCAUAUGUUUGGUUCUGCUUCCAGAAGAUCAUAUAACCCUACAAGAUGUACAUUUCUGAGUCAUUGUAUUGACAAGAUACUGUAUAACUGAUAUUUUAUUUAAAAUGUACACAACUACAUCAAGUCUAAAAUUAUCAGUAACAUGGUAGGAGUUGAUGUUUUAUAAGACACUGUAAACUAGAGUUUGUUUUAAGAUAUAAAAAUAUGUCCAAGUAAUUGGACUUAUCAUAAGCAAAUGUUUAAUGACCAGUCACUGUGAUUGGAGUAUAAUGAGCUGUAGUACCUUUGCUGCUGCAGCUUACAAAAUUUGUAUAAUAUUUGGUAGAAUUUCCAUGGACAAACUCUGUUCUUUUCUAAUAAAAUGUGUGUAGAGUUAUGAAGCGUCAGUUGAUAAGUCAGACAGUGAUAUUGUAACUCUUUUAUUGCAUUUUGAAUGUUAGGUAUUUCUUGAACUUCAAAAACUAAAUCAUCAGCGGAACUGAAUCUCAUUAUUAACUCAUUUAUCUGUGUUGUACAAAGUGUUAAAAAGAAAAACCAGUUGAUUCUCAGAACUGUUAAAGAGUGUAGUGUUACUGUCGAAUCAUCAGAAAUGCCCACUAUGAAUCCUAUGCUACCUCCAUCCUUGUCGAGAGAUGAAGUUUUUAAGUUUUGUUUAUGACAUUUAUUAAAAAAAAAAAAAAAAAAAAAAU